AUGGCGACCACAACAACGCAGUCGCUGGCCAAGACCAGACUGCCUAUUGUAUUUGGUGCCAUGACCAUUGGAAAGCCAGGCGUCGAGCAGACUCGAAUCCACACCCUCGAUGAAGCCUCCGAAGUCCUCGACGUUUUCCAAAAGCACGGCCACAACGAAAUUGAUACUGCACGCGUGUAUGGCGGGGGAUCGUCUGAAGAAUACCUGGGGCGUCUAGACUGGCAAUCCCGCAACCUGGUUAUGGGAACCAAGUUCUACGCCAACCCAACAUUGCGCGCGCAAGGCGUCUCCCACUCACCCGAUAAUCUCCACAAAUAUCUACGGGAAUCGCUGGUGGCUCUCAAGUCAGACAAGAUUGACUUGUGGUACUUGCAUGCCCCAGACCGAUCGAUUCCUUUCGAAGAUACAUUCCGCGCCGUCAAUGAACUCUUCAAAGAAGGUCUCUUUAGGCGUUUCGGUAUCAGCAACUACAUGGCCUGGGAAGUGGCGCGCAUCAACGAGAUGUGCAUCCAAAACGGCUGGGUGCGCCCGUCGGUCUACCAAGGUGUCUACAAUGCCAUUCACCGCGGAGUAGAGCCAGAGCUGUUUCCAUGUCUUCGCCAUUACGGCAUGUCUUUCUACGCCUAUAACCCUCUCGCUGGCGGUAGUCUGACUGCCCGUUAUCGUCAUGACAGUGCCGAGAAUGUCCCAACCCCAGGGUCUCGAUUCGAUCCCAGCACUAGACAAGGUACUUUGUACCGCAAGAGAUACUGGAAUGACACUGUUUUCAAUGCAGUCACUGUGAUUCGUGAAGCAAUGGCCAAGCACGAACUCACUGAAGUUCAAUGUGCUCUGCGUUGGUUGGAGCACCACUCAAAGUUGCAGACUUGUGGGGAUGCCAUCAUUGUCGGUGCUAGCAGCGCGCCACAGCUGGAAGAGAAUCUACGCGCGCUGGAACAAGGCCCAUUGCCCAGCGAUGUGCUGGAGGCGCUGGAUCAGGCUUGGGAAAUCACCAAGGCCAGCACUUGGAAUUAUUUCCACUGA